AUGCAAUCAAUCAUUAAUGAAGCUGAAAAACCAAAGAAAGGAGGGCAGAAAGGACCUCCUACUCCAACAAAGAAGAAAAAGAUAAAGAAGGAAGCUCGUAAACCCAAAUCUCCAACUCCAAGUGAUAACGAAGAUUCACAGUCUGACUCAGAUGUUCACAUUGAAGGGGAUGAGCCUAUACAAAACAAAGACACUGCAACAACUUCACAACCUGAUGUUUCGCAGCCGAUUUCUACAAAUCCUGAGGUAACUACUGAGAUUCCUUUCUCAGUUCCGAUUCCUACUUAUUUCUUUGAGAAUGUAUCUAUUCCCUAUCCCACUGCCAUUGUUUCCAUACCCAUCACUAUUUCUCCAUGCCUACCUGUCACUUUGGGCAUUUCACAAUCCCCACCUAUUUUCACCGAUUCCACCACCACACCAAUAACAACUGUUGAGCCUCUUGUUUCUAUCAAUGCAUUUGAUGCGGGUAUAGGAGUUUCAGGUUUCACAACUGGUCAUUCCACACAACCCAUUUUCCUUCUUCGCCAAAAUGACCUAGAUAUGAUAUACGGUGAUGAUGAAGAUAACUUCGCAGGAUUCACCUACAGCCCAUUCAACAUCAAGACUGAAAGUGAUGACGAAGCUCAUGUCAUGAGAGGGAAACUCAAGUCCCUUCUUGAAACCCUUACGAAAGAGCACUCUGCCAACCUUGAAAAGAUGAACAAGCCGGUAGAAGCUUCUGCUACUGUUUGCAACAACACGACCGAAAAAGUCGAUAAAUUAAUUACUAAUCCAAGGGUAUUCAUGGAGAAGUUCCAAAGAUCCUUUGAGUCCAACACUAUGAAGGUUAAUGAAGUCAUUUCUAGCCUGGGGUCAACCCUUAAAACUGAGAAGGCGAAACUUCAAGAGGUUCGCACCGGUCUUAAAACUGGCCAUGAUCAGUUCAAUUCAUCCAUCUCCGCGCAAAUCUCUAAGCUUCAAUAUGGCCUAGAUAUGAAGAGAAAAAUAGCAGUUGUUCUUACUAUCAAGACUGAAAAGGUGAAAGUCCUAACAAUCAAACAUGAGAAUGCUGAGAAACAAGUCAAUGAUUUGUUAUCUGAAAAUGCAGCUACAAAAAGUUGCAUCGCAGUGAAAUAUGCAUGA